CCGAGAGACGGAUGCAACAGUCGGCGAGAUGCGACGCGCCAAUUAGCGGACCGCGCGUCUUCAUUAAGCAGCCGCGGCGGGCCAGGGUGGGGGGUGGGCUGGGGGGGCUCGAGUGUGCCGUGGAUGUGACCAACUAAGACGCACCACCGUGGGAUGAUCGGCGGCGGCGGUGGCGGCGGCGACGGCGGCGACGGCGGCGGCGUUGACUGAGUGAGCAUGCAUCGGAUCGCGCCGCGGCGGCGCAAGCUCCGGGCGCUGUGGGCUUCGCUGGCCCUGCUGGCACUGUCCGUGGCAGCCUGCAGCGCGCUCUUCACGGCGUGGACUUGGCGCCAGACGCGGGACCUGUCCCAGUCCUUCCACAUCCUCCAGGAGCGCCUCGAGCAGGUCAAUAUGCAGCGGAAGGCCAUUGUGCAGCUCAUACUGGAAAAGCGGGAGCUGCUGGUCGGCCAGAGAGUCAAGCGAGACGGGGCGACGCUGCGCGGGAAGCACGGAAACGGCAAGAAAGCGGCGUCUCAUUUUGAGAUCACCAAAGUCUCCUCUCAGCAAGUGGGCGAAGGCGGCGUGAUCAAGGGCUGGGAGGAACGCGCGCUCAACAUGAGCAAAGCCGUCAGCUACGACAAGGAGGAGGGCACCUUUGUGGUGGAGAGGCCGGGCGUCUACUUCCUCUUCUGUCAGGUUCUAUUCAACGAGGAGAAGUCGCAGUACGUUAAGCUGGAUGUGGUGACCGGUGGCCAGAGGCCCCAGAAGCUGCAGUGCAUGGAGGGCUACGGGACCACCCCGUCGGCCGGGCCCCACCCAUCGCACUUCCUCAAGCCCUGCCAGGUGUCGGGGCUCCUGCGCCUGGACAAGGGCGCCCGGCUGCACGCCGUCACCGGACCGUCCUUCCGCCUGCACACCUUGGGCAACCCGUCGGCCUCGCCUCACAUCUUCAGCAUUUUCAAGGUCAACUGACGACGGGGGGGGCAACUGGAGCCCCUCCCUCUGCAUUCGCCCCCCCCAAGGGGGGGAACUGUAGCCCCUCCGCAAAGGGGCAGGGGGGAACUGUAGCCCCAUCUGUAAAGGGGGGGGGGGGGGAACUGUAGCCCCUUCCUCUGCAUUG